AUGCGCAGUGAGACAGAGCUUUCACGUGGCUCUGAGUUCUCCGGAGAGCGUCAAGAGGCGGCCCGAGUCCAGAGGGAAGAGGGGGUGUGUGGGGGUGCAUUUCGGCCUCAGCCCCGGCGUCGAGUAGGACAGGCCCGGGUGGGGGCAGGGCACCACGGGACGCCCUGCAGCCGCGUCCGGGGUCGGAGCCUCGAGGUCGUCUGGGGCAACCCCCCUACCCCCAUUUUCCUGAUGAGCGGGCAGAAGGACUUAUCCAGGGACCCAGAAGGAGGAAGGCUCACAAGCAGGAGCUCUUUCCACCGUACUCUGGAGCCUGGACUGGAGGGAGGGCAGGGGAGACUGGGCCCGAAUCGGGAAAGGGAGGAGGACCCGGCCUGCAAAGUAGAGAAAAUUUUGAUUGUAAUAACCUUGGUCUUAUAUAUUCUUGCUCAAGCCCCUGAACCAUACAUAGUAAUCACAGCUUUCGAGGCCGUCAGUGUGGUUUUUUUCAUAGUAUUGUAUAUACUAAGACUUGACCUACUGCUCAGAUGUUUGUUUUGGCCUUUACUCGAUAUUAUAAACUCACUUAUGACCAUAAUGUGCCUUAUGAUCGUGUCUGUUUUGGCAUUGGUACCAGAAACUAAAAUAAAGGUUGCUAUUGGAGGGAUCCUUGGAAUUGUGGCAACUGUGUUUACCAUUGCAGAUGCUUCCCUCAUUUACAGAAAGCUUAUGUUUAAUCCAAGUGGCCCUACGAGAAAAAGCACAGUCAUGACAAAAAGCGACGUUUUCGUCACUCUCGCCGCUCUCAUCACUCCCAUCAAAGUUAUCAGGCUCAUCCCCCUCUGGAAAAAGAUGAAGGACUGAGCACACAAUAGAUAGCGUAAAAAAUGAUUUUUUAAUAAUCAUCAUCUUGGAGAAUCAGAGCUUCCCCCAACCCCCUU